CUGCACUACGGGACCCUCCUGGGCAGCAGAGCUUGUGCCCACAUGGCAGCAGCUGCCUGGGCCAGUGCCUUUCUCAAUGCUCUGCUGCACACAGCCAAUACAUUUUCCCUGCCCCUGUGCCAUGGCAAUGCCCUGGGCCAGUUCUUCUGUGAAAUCCCUCAGAUCCUCAAGCUCUCCUGCUCAAAAUCUUAUCUCAGGGAACUGGGGCUCAUUGCAAUUAGUGCCUGUUUGGUAUUUUGUUGUUUUGUGUUCAUUGUUUUCUCCUAUGUGCAGAUCUUCAGGGCUGUGCUGAGGAUCCCCUCUGAGCAGGGACGGCACAAAGCCUUUUCCACCUGCCUCCCUCACCUGGCCGUGGUCUCCCUCUUUGUCAGCACUGGCAUUUUUGCCUCCCUGAAGCCCCCCUCCAUGUCCUCCCCAUCCCUGGAUGUGGCAGUGACAGUUCUGUACUCAGUGGUGCCUCCAGAGGCGGUGGAAGCGGCGCUGGAAGCGGCGCGGCUAAAGGAGGCGGUGGAAGCGGCGCUGGAAGCGGCGCUGGAAGCGGCGCGGCGGGUAGUAAAGCGGCCUGUGGAGUUUGGCUCGGAACCUGGCUUGUAG